GCAUCAAGUCAAAUACGAUUGUUCGAAUCAACAAUACUGCUCAUUUCCUUUCACUCGGCUCAGGGCCGGGCUUGUUGUCGUGGAUUGAGCAAGUUUCGACAGACUUGUCUUAACCCCGCAUCAUGUGGGCCGACAUCAACGGAGAACGCAAGAAGGUCGCCUGCGGCCCUUGCAUCCGAGGGCAUCGCUCCUCAAAAUGUGAUCACCGUGACCGAGUACUUGUAGAGGUCCGGAAACCUGGUCGACCAUUGAGUAGUUGUCCCCAUCCGACCGGCUCGUGCAGUUGUGAGCGGAUCAUCAUCAACUACACCAUCCCCAAGACCUCAGAGUGUGCUUGUCCGUCAGAGCGAGCGCAAUCGGUGGCUGUCGCUGGCAGCAGUCGAAUCUCGAAGCCCAAACGGAAGUCGAUUGCGAUACAUCCUACUUCGUUAGAAAAAGCCAUCAAAGCUAGCCAGGACAACGAGACUGACACAUCGUCGUACAACACACCAACCGAGCGAAGUGCCAGCGAUGAAGCCUCACCGCUUUCGAGUGCAAGUUCUACCCCCCGAAUGCUUCCCACGCAGACAGAGGAGGUGUCGAGCUGUUGUAAGCCGAAUACUGCUCCAGCACCAGUCGUUCAAGGAGGGAGUUGCUGCAGUAUCAAAGUCAAACAGCAGCCUCCACUACCUCCAGCCCCGCUUGCUGCGCCCACUAAGUCAUGCUGCUCAGGCAAAUUACAGCCGAGCAACGUGCCCAACGUCCAAAACGGCGUGCAGAAUAUUGGUCAGCAGUUCCAGUUCCAGAUUCAACCUCAUUUCAGGACACCACAGUACCAGAACUUCCAAACGCAAGCAUCACCGGCGCAACCUCCCUUUGGAUUUGGCGCACCAAUCUACAACCACGCUGCUGCGGCUUACCAACAGUCGAUGGCGAUGCCCAUGAGCGGCGGUAUGUCUGGCCCAUUACCACAGCAUGCUAACAGUCACCAAAUACCGCGGCAUAACCCGGAGCACAACUGCCACUGUGGAGAAGGAUGUAGCUGCUUUGGUUGCGCUGCUCAUCCAAAUAACGCUACCAUGAUGGAGUAUGUCCGGCUGAUGGCACAGUUCCAGUAUACAGGUGCAUUCGGAGGUCAACAAGCGCCCCUAUACGACAUGCCCACCUACCCUCAUCACCCCGGCUUCGGCGCCGAAGCCAACCCUGCCAUGAGCUUCUCGCCUCUACCCCAAUCUUACGCAUCGUCCAACCCACCACACAUAUCCUACCAAGCCAGCCUCGGCGGAACAGUUAUGGCCGGCACACCACUGAACGUGUCCAGCCCCUGGCGCCAAUCCUCCAUCUCCACGCCCUUGACAGAGCAGUCCCAGUUCCUCGACAGCGCAACACCAACGCCCACCGAAUCGCAACUCAAACUCGAAAUGGCGCCUCCGCGUAUUAUUCCAUCAGCAGCUACACCCGUCGCCGACAGCCCAAGCGGUAGCACUGAGGAAGAAACACCGACGCUGUCGCCGUCGUCUUUCUUCUGGAAUGAGAUGGUGCUCCCCGGCUGCAACGACGCGACUGGGACGUGUCAGUGCGGAGACGGGUGUGAGUGCGUUGGCUGCCUGACGCAUGGAGGACACAACGGGAUUGUACUCGAUGCGCCGGUUGUCAGUGAGCAUGAGGCGUUUCCGAGCUUUACGGCGGAUGCAGGAUUGACUCUAGAUCUGGGCGAUCCGCAUUCGUUUUUGGACUUCAGUUCUACGAGCUGACGACAGUCGCGGAUCUGAGUUUUGAGGGGUGACGAGGUAUUCUAUAAUCUUUCAUUGUACAUGUUUUGUACGCCAGAGAACGCGAGAGGACACGCCGGGUAUGGCAGCAGCCAGAAGGAAGCACUUUCAUUGGGAUGGAUAGCAUUGGGAAACAUUUAGACUGUGGCUUCGCGCCGAUACCCGUAGGUUGUUGUGUU